GGUUGGAAAAGUAAAUACGGCGGCGACUCACGGCAGGAUGGGUUCGGAGCUUGCGAGCCAGGCCAGGGCGGUCCAGAGCGGCAAGGGAAGGCACACGGGAGUCUCUCGCACCCCAGCUAAAACAAAUCGUUUAGGUGAGCAAAUCGUAACAAUUUUGCUUUUUUUUAGGGGCUCGUAACAAGUAAACAAACAGGGCACAUUUCCGGCUGUCUCUACUCCCUGGCGGCGUGGGCCCGAGAUGCAGGCGUGGUUCUCCGGCUCCGGGCCCUCGCCCUCCUCCUCCUCGUCGGCGGCGUCUUCGCAGCCGCCGCCGUCUCUGCUCGCGGAAUGGAACUCCUACGCCGCCGCCCGCUCCGCCGAGGAGGACGUCGGCGGAGGAUUCGGGAUCGACAUCGAGGCCGCCGUCCGCUCCGCCAACGACCGCGUCACCGGCACCUUCGGCGUGGUAUCUAAAGGAGUUAGAGGGUUCCCUGGCAGCUUCCAGUCCUCAACAAGCAGUGUUCCAUCUGGCAAAUCUCUCAUGUAUUUCGGCCUUUUUCUUGCCAGUGGCAUUUUCCUAGUUUUCAUCGCGUUCACAAUAUUCCUGCCAGUCAUGGUAAUAAUGCCUCAAAAGUUUGCGAUCUGUUUCACUAUGGGAUGUGCCUUCAUCAUUGGAUCUUUCUUUGCAUUGAAAGGGCCCAAGAAUCAGCUCUUUCAUAUGAUUUCCAGAGAGAGGUUACCUUUCACCAUUGGAUUUGUUGGCAGCAUGUUUGCUACCAUCUAUGUGUCAAUGGUGCUCCAUAGCUACAUACUUUCUGUUUUCUUCUCUUGUCUUCAGAUCCUUGCGCUAGUAUACUAUGCCAUCUCAUACUUCCCUGGCGGAUCUGCUGGAAUGAAGUUUCUGUCAUCUACCCUUGUGGCCUCAGUGUUGAGAUGCUUCGGGCGAUGAGUUCAUCCGUUAGUUACUCUCACCCAUCUGUCUCAGCCUGUGUUCAGCUCAGUAACAUUUUUUGGCUUUUGCUUUGACAUGGAGAGAGUGUGUCAAAGAUGACCCUGGAGCUUGUGUUCACCGAUAUACAUGCAUGUCCAACUUACCGAUAGUAUUACUGAUUCCAUGGAAACCAUGCUCGAUGAGAUGCUUUGUUCUUUAUGGAGACGUGUGGACUCGAAAUAUAAUAGACAGACAGAUAGUUUGUGAA